UUAUUAGUAAGCAAUGAAAAAAAAGGGUAUUUUGUGACAUAGAAUAAGCUUCAGUUUCAGAUUUUCAGCUAGCUACUAUACAAUUGUGGUUGUGGCAUAGCUGCUUCAAAGCUUAGUUCUUUGAAAACUAAAAUCUGAAUGAAUGGCAUGCGCAUUUAUUUGUUCCGCACUACAUCUAAGAUUGUAGAACUAGCUCGUUCGGGUAAAAUCAUCCAUGCUCGCAAACUGUUCGAUGAAAUACCUCAUAAAGACUUGGUUGCAUGGAAUGCCAUGCUAACCGCCUAUUCCCACUUAGGACUUUACCAGCAGAGUCUUAGUCUCUUUGGUAGGAUGAGAGUAUCCCAUUCCAAAGUCGACAACUUCUCCUUCUCUGCAGCCUUAAACGCAUGCGCUGGUGCAUCCCAUCUUCGUUUUGGAGCAACACUACAUGCUUUGGUAAUUGUAUCAGGCUACCUGUCUUGUCUUCCUGUGGCUAACUCGCUCAUUGACAUGUAUGGCAAGUGUCUGCGUCCUGAUGCUGCAAGAAAAGUGUAUGAUGAGAUGAGUGAUAGCAAUGAAGUGACAUGGUGCUCACUUCUGUUUGCUUAUGCCAACUCUUACCGGUUUGAUAUGGCUAUUAAACUGUUUCGCAGCAUGCCUGAAAAGGUUGUGAUUGCUUGGAAUAUAAUGAUUGCGGGUCAUGCUCGCUGCGGUGAAGUUGAAGCUUGCUUGCAUUUGUUUAAGGAGAUGUGUGAGAGUUUGUGUCAGCCAGAUCAGUGGACUUUUAGUGCUCUCGUGAACGCUUGUGCUGAGUCAAUGGAGAUGUUAUACGGAUGCAUGGUGCAUGGUUUUCUGAUAAAAUCUGGUUGGAGCUCUGCCAUGGAGGUAAAGAACUCGAUUUUAAGCUUUUACGCUAAAUUAGAAUGUCAUGAUGACGCCAUAAAGGUGUUUAACUCCUUUGGAUGUUUUAAUCAAGUGUCUUGGAAUGCCAUCAUUGACGCUCAUAUGAAAUCAGGAAAUACCCAUAACGCUUUUCUUGCUUUCCAGCAAGCUCCUGAGAAAAAUAUUGUUUCUUGGACUUCUAUGAUUGCAGGGUAUACGAGAAAUGGGAAUGGAGAGCUAGCUUUAAGUAUGUUUUUAGACAUGACAAAAAGCUCUGUCCAGCUUGAUGAUCUGGUAGCUGGAGCAGUCCUUCAUGCUUGUGCUAGCUUGGCGAUACUGGUUCAUGGAAGAAUGAUCCAUGGCUGCAUCAUUCGUCAUGGUUUAGACAAGUAUUUGUAUGUCGGGAAUAGCUUGGUUAAUAUGUAUGCAAAAUGUGGGGACAUAGAAGGUUCACGGCUUUCAUUUCAUGGCAUUCUUGAGAAGGACUUGGUUUCUUGGAAUUCAAUGUUAUUUGCAUUUGGACUGCAUGGGAAGGCCAAUGAGGCUAUAGGGUUGUACAGAGAAAUGGUGGCAUCUGGUGUGAAGCCUGAUGAAGUAACUUUCACAGGGCUGUUAAUGACUUGCAGCCAUUUGGGGCUUAUAAACGAGGGCUUUGAGUUCUUUCAAUCCAUGAGUUUGGAAUUUGGAUUUUCCCAUGGAAUGGACCAUGUGGCAUGCAUGUUGGAUAUGCUUGGUCGCGGUGGAUACGUGUCAGAAGCAAGAAGUUUAGCUAAGAAGUAUUCAAAGAGCAGCAAAGGUAGGAGCAAUUCAUGGGAGGUUGUACUAGGAGCAUGUUAUGCACAUGGAGAUUUAGGAACCGGAAGGCGUGUGGGAGAAUAUCUAAAGAAGUUGGAGCCUGAAAAGGAGAUUGGUUAUGUGUUGUUGUCAAAUUUGUAUUGUGCAAGUGGGCAGUGGAAGAAUGCAGAGACAGUUCGGAAGGCAAUGGUUGAUCAGGGGGUAAAGAAAGUGGUUGGUAGUAGUUGGAUUGAGAUAAGAAACGAUAUUACCUCUUUUAUAUCUGGAAACAAUGCAUAUCCCUUCAUGUCUGAGAUAUCUAAGAUACUUCACUUUCUUCAAUUGGAAAUCAGACAUGCAUGACCUAUUCAUUUUGGUAUUGGAGAAGAAAACCUUAAGGUUGUUUUUAA